GAUAAAAAAAAUUAUAUCAGAAUCCAGCAUCCAAGCCACCUGUAUACGUGGAAGCAUCGCAAUGAAUGUCCGGCCAGUUGCUUGAUCUGGAUUCUGGACUCUGGAAUCAAUCCUUCAGUCGAAUGAAACGAGAUACCCAAAUCAAGCAACAACAAAAAAAUUUCCUCGUCCCUCACUGAUACUUACGUUAUCGUAAAUAGAAGUAGUCAGACAUGAAGAAACGAAGAAGGAUAACUUUAAUCACUUGCAGAAAUGAAACCCUUUCUCCUCUUCAUCUCCCUCCCUCUUACUUCCACAUUCUUCUCCUUCUCUCAGGAAGCCUCAACAGCUCCAGAGAAAAGUGACUUGCAAACUUACAUUGUGUUUCUAGACAAGCCAGAAGGUCGAACGUUAUCCACAGAAGGAUCAGAUGAUGAUUUACGCAGCUGGUACACCACAUUUCUCCCUGAAACCACCUUAGCCACAAACCAGCAAGAGCGUAUGGUGCAUUCCUACCGCAAUGUGGUCACAGGAUUUGCUACUAAGCUCACACCACAGGAGGCUAAAGCCAUGGAAGACAAGGAAGGCUUUGUCUCGGCCAGAGUCGAGCAAUCUUUGUCCCUACUCACAACUCACACUCCCAAGUUUCUUGGUCUCCAGCAGCAGCAGGAUCUAGGAGCCUGGAACUUGUCGAAUGUCGGUGGAGGAGUGAUCAUUGGUCUCAUAGACAGUGGGAUCAAGCACGAUCACCCUUCUUUCUCCGAUGAAGGCAUGCCUCCCCCGCCAUCCAAAUGGAAAGGCAAGUGCGAGUUCAACGGCAAACAAACAUUCAUACGGCAAGGGAAGCUGCAGGGAUCCUUGUUCAAGGCGCAAAUGUGUUUGGACAAGCAAAUGGGAAUCGCUCCCAAAGCCCACCCGGCAAUGUACAAGAUAUGCCUAUCAGAUGAAUGUUCCGAGAGCGGGCUACUGGCAGCCAUAGAUGCUGCUAUUGAAGAUGGUGUAGAUGUGCUUUCGUUGUCGAUUAGUGAUAGAUCAAGUCCUUUCUAUGACAAUGCGAUUGCCUUGGGCACAUUUAGAGCCAUUCAGAGUGGUAUCUUCGUGAGCUGCUCCGCUGGAAACAGUGGACCCUCAAAGUCUUCUUUGGUCAAUGAUGCACCAUGGAUUUUGACCAUUGGAGUGAGCACAAUCGACAGGGAGAUAAGAGCAACUGUGGUGCUAGGAAACAAUAUGAAGCUCCAUGGCCAAUCCGCCUAUCAGCCAAAUGAUUUCAAUUCACGACAAUUGUCAAUCAUCGAUCCUGCAACAACUGGGAUAAAUGCAUCAACAACAUUUUGUGAAGCAGGAGCAUUGAAGAACAUUGAUGUUAAGGGCAAGAUAGUCAUAUGCGAGAUUGGAGGUGAAGUUACAAGAAUCAAGAAGGGACAAGAAGUGAAGGAUAAUGGUGGAGCAACCAUGAUCUUAAUCAAUAGUUUGGCUGAUGGUGGGGUUGCAGCUCUAAUCAAGAGUGCUCAUCCAGAUUGGUCCCCAGCAUCGGUAAAAUCAACCAUUUUAACCACCGCUUACACGCUCAAUCGCGGUGGUAAUGCAAUCUCCACGGAGCAAAACACUUCUGCUACCUUGUUUGAUAUGGGUUCCGGCCAUGUCAACCCACCAUUGGCGUUGAAUCCAGGAUUGGUAUAUGACAUCCAUCCAGAUGACUACAUUCCUUACCUCUGUGGGUUGGGUUAUAAUGAUAAAGAGGUAAGAUUGAUUGUGCAACGAAAGGUGAAUUGCUCGAAUGUAUCUUCCAUAUCCGAGGCUCAGUUGAACUAUCCAACGUUUUCCAUCUCUUUGGGUUCUGGUGAUCACAAGACUUACACAAGAACAUUUACUAAUGUUGGCCUGCCUAACUCAACUUACACCUGCAAGGCCUUAUCUCGCGAAGGCGUUGAGGUUAAAGUCAUGCCUAAUGAGAUCAAGUUUAUGGAAUUGGGAGAGAAAGCGAGUUAUUCUAUGACAUUUAGCAUAUUGGGAAAUGUCACAAUAAGUAGUAUAGGUGAAUGUUACUUGGUGUGGUCGUCAGCUGAUUCUGAAUAUGACGUUGUGAGUGCUAUAGCAAUUGUCUUUGUUUGAGAGAAGUUAUUGAAUGCCGCUUGAAUUCCUCCCAAAUCAUAAUGGCAUGCCAAUAGGAGGGGAACCUCAUAGUAUAUGAUGUAUUGUUGCAAACUGUUCGAGUCACUUUUGUGUUUGGAAUAGUCGUUUUAAUGUAGCUACCAUAAGUAGGAUGAUGGUUGACAAGCACCAUGGUAGGUACUGGUUUUGUGCCUACCCAAUGAGUGGUGCGCUUUAUUUGUAUCUGUUUUUAUUUUAUUAUUGAUCAUUGUUUUUCAACGAUGUCAUAUUUUUCAUUAUAAAAAAAACGAUGUCAUCCUUGUCUUGCUUACCAUGCCAACUCGAGUUGAACACAAUCUUCAAUUUGGAGUGGACUAGCAAAUACGCUUUGGUUUCUGGGUAGAUCAGGUAUCCAAGCUUGGUUUUCCACCUCUCUUGCUUGCUCCAACUAAGUUAUCCGUAGGGAAUGUGAUUGCUAAAAUUAGCUUAUGGUUCAAAUAAUUGGAGCCCAUCAAUUCAUUCCUAAUUCAAUCAUUGAUCACCAAACUUUUUGAUACCAACGGGCACUUUAUGGUUUACGGAAAAAGAGAAGUACAAAAGGAAAUAAAAUUGGAGACAAGAUAGUAACCCGACCCGUUAGUCGGUUGCGAUACGAUCACAGUAAUUAACAAAAAUUCAAAUUUAAA